AUGUGGUACUUCGAUCAGUCUGGCGAACUCACUUUCGAAACCCGUGCUACGGGCAUUCUAUCCACUCAGCCGAUUAACGAAGAUGCCAAGGUACCCUGGGGUACUUGUGUUGCAGAUGGCGUCAUGGCACCAUACCAUCAGCAUCUUUUCAACUUGCGUAUUGACCCUGCCGUUGGUGGCCAUAAAAACAAUUUUGCGUCCACAGACUCCGUUUUCAUCCCAUGGGACGAUAAUCUGAACCCCCUUGGCACCAGGUUUAUCACACAGCAACAUAUUAUGGAUCGGGCAGUUACUGUGGAGGAUGAUAUCUCCAAGGGCAGAGUCUUCAAUAUUUUAAACGAGAAUGUUAAAAAUCCAGUGUCCCAGACGCCAAUUGGGUACAAGCUUGUGCCUCAUCGAUCCCAGAUGCUUCUCGCUCGCCCUGGAUCCUGGCACUGGCGCCGUUCAGAGUUCUGCGAGAGCCCUAUAUGGGUGACCAAAUACAAGGACCGGCAGCUCUUCUUUGCCGGAGGCUACACCAAUCAAUCCCUUGGGGGCACGGGAAUUAAAUCAUGGGUCAAUGAAUGUCGUGACUCGGUCCGAAACGAAGAUAUCGUCAUCUGGCAUACCUAUGGCUUCACGCAUAACCCGCGUGUUGAGGACAUCCCUGUGAUGUCCGCUGAGAUUACACAGGGGUUACAGCCACCCGCGGCAGUAUCUUGUCGCACCGUGUCACUCACCCCGCAUGUAUGCGGGUGGGCAUGGCCCCGUCACCUCGUAAAGGGCUGUGAUCGGCCAGGGUCUGGCAGGGGUGAAGAGGCAACUUGAUUUUCUCGUAUGCACGAAGCGAUGACUGAACACUGCCCUCUUCGAAAGCC